GUGCAGUUGGAAAGCAGGUGUGUCUUUGUGUCUAUAUAUGGAGAUCUUCGUAAUGGUAACUGCUGUUGGUGUUGGGACAUUUUACUAUUGCUGCUGGAUUUAGAAACAGUUCUGUGAGCCUCAGUGUCAGGCUGCACUUGUGUCGACUGCCCAGAGUCCACGGAGCCUCACGACUGACCUCAGGACUAGUUUGAUUUACAGACAGAAGUCCUCUGUUCCAACAUGUCUCUGUACAGCUUCGGGUUGGAGCCUCUGUCCUGUCACGCCUGGAACAAAGACCGAACUCAGAUCGCCAUCAGCCCCAACAGCAGUGUUGUGUACAUUUACCAGAAGAAGGGGAAGGAGUGGAGCAAAAUCCACGAGCUGAAGGAGCACAGCGGGCGAAUCACGGGAAUCGACUGGGCCCCGGAGUCGAACCGUAUCGUGACGUGCGCCUCAGACAGAAACGCCUACGUGUGGACACCGAAGGACGGCGUGUGGAAGCCAACUCUCGUCCUCGUCCGCAUCAACAGAGCCGCCACGUGUGUCAAGUGGUCACCUCUGGAGAACAAGUUCGCUCUCGGAAGCGGAGCCAAACUCAUCUCUGUGUGUUACUUUGAGAAAGAGAACGACUGGUGGCUCAGUAAGCACAUAAAGAAAGGGAUCUGCUCGACGGUGCUCAGUCUGGACUGGCAUCCUAAUAACAUCCUGCUGGCUGCCGGAUCAGCCGAUUUCCACUGCAGGGUUUACUCCACAUAUAUUAAGGAGAUCGAGGACAAGCCCGGCCCGACACCAUGGGGAGCCAAGAUGCCGUUCGGCGAAAUGCUACUGGAGAAUAAAGACUGUAACGGCUGGGUGCACAGCGUGGCCUUCUCUCCAUCUGGAGACACUCUGGCCUGGGUCAGCCACGACAGCUCCAUCAGCGUCGCCGACGCCACGCAGGGCAAAGAGGUUACGCAGCUGACUACAGAACAUCUCCCACUGCUCAGUGUGCUGUACACCAGCGAGACCGAGAUCGUGGCUGCGGGCCAUGACUGCUGUCCCUACCAGUUCUCCUACAAGGGGCUCGGCAAACUGGAGUUUGUGCGAAAGUUGGGAAUCGCCAAACAGACGUCCAAGAACAGCAUGUCGGCCAUGCAGCACUUCCGCAACCUGGACAAGAAGGCCACGACCGACGAUGAGGACGAGCUGACCUCUCUACACCAGAACAGCAUCACCCAGCUGUGCGUGGUGGAAGGAGAGAAGAGCAAAGUGGGGAAGUUCAGUAGCAUCAGUCUAGAUGGAGCCAUGGUGCUCUGGGAAUUCAAGCCUUAAAACUUCAUUACUACACCACAGAAAGCUUUUUCGGCCGAUCCGAUGUCGAUGUCACUCCGCACCGAAGAUCUCUGCCGUCAGUCUGCUGCUGUGCUCAGAAAUCAUUUGACGAUCACAUUUUUAUUCUCUUUUACACAACAAUUUUUUUUAAUACCGUAAUGUUUCCAUGUCUGUACCUACCCAGUGAAAAGGUGUUAAUCUCUACACUGGAUCUUUUCACUGCCACUUUAGUUUCAAGUUUUCAAAGUACUCCAAAUAAAUAUUUCGGAUUAGGUUUUGUUUUUCGCAAGAAAAUCAACCACAUCAAAUAAAAGACGUACAUACAAAA